UUCGAAUCACGAAGUUCGUUUACCGUACUGUUGUUUUGUAAGUUUUGUCCAUUUUUUCCAGAAUUAAUUUAUUAUUAAUAUCUGGCCAACAACAAUGAGUUCUGAGAAGUUAAGUAGUGAAGAAGUUCCGAAGAAAUUUACAGAAUGGCUUUUAAAAAUGGGAUGCCCUGCAGAUAAAGUACCUAGCUUAGAGAAAGUUACACAGAUGUGUAGAGGUCAGUAUUACAUGGUAUGGAGAAGCCUCAUUGAACAUGUUCAUCCCAAAGACACUAUACAACAGAAACGGCUCAAUGUAUUCUGUGAUGAUAUCAAAACAUGCCAACAAAAGAAAGCUUAUGGAAAUCAUAAUGUGAAUGUGGUAGUACCAGAACAGCUUGAGAUAUGGAAUCAACAAGUGGAGCUGGAGAAAAAAGUUGGUGAUGCUGAAAAUAGAGUACAGGAGUGUCAGAAGUCUGUGAAAGAGCUCACUGAAAAGGCGUCAGUAAAAUUAAUCCAACAUAACACAUCAAGACGCAACAUUGAUGAUGUGCAGCGUCGUAUUUGGCUUCUCAGGAAAGUUGGUGAUGGUCUAAUCAAGAAGAAAAAAGAUCUAGAAGAAGUGAAGAAAAUGUCCAAAUCAAUGUGUCUAGACAACCCUAUUGGUGAUAUACAGAACCAUUUGGAGGAAUGUCUUACUUUGGUAAAUAAAGGAUUGAAUUCGUCCUCAGAGGAACCAUUACAAGAUCGGAUUACCAGAACGGAGUUGCAGUUGAAUCAGUUGUCACCAUGUGGUGGCAGUCUAUGGCCACUAUUGCUUGAGAAGCGAGUGGCCGCCGCAGCGCAGCUUAAGGCAGCAAACGACAGUUAUGUUGCAGAGACCUCACACAGGACGUGUCCAUACUAUGUAAUUGCAUUGACAUCCUCUCUCCAGUCAAUGUUGGGACUAGAAGUAUUGAAAAAUCAGGAGCAUAUUAAACAAACACAGAACAAAAUUUUGGCUUUGCUAGAUGAAAUGAAUCAUACACUGUCGUCUGAGAGCUGCGAGUACCUGGUGUUACAGUGUGAGAUAGCUCACAUGAAAGCACGGAUGCAAACAUUGAAGACCAUAGCGGAAGACAUUGUCCAACAUAGAGGUUCAUUCUCCACUGAACGAUUCGAGUUGGAAGACCCCGCCGUCACGAUAAACAAAAUACGCAAUCUGGAUAAUGCUAUUAUGAGCAAAAGGGAAGAAUUGUGCAACGUAAUAAAAGGACUGGCUACAAUAGAAAACAAAGUUUACCACAUAAGAGACUGCAUACAAAUAGUACUUAACGCGUUUAAAAACCAUGGGAGCUCUGAAUUUAUACUUUGCAGAGGUAUAAAAUUGGACCUUCCCGAAGAACCGAUCAGAAGCCUAUGCCAGUUCUACCAAGAGAGGAGAGCAAGAGUUGAGUCCAAAGCGAAUUUAAGUAUGGACUUGGAUGUCUCUGAUGCCUCCUGCAAUGGCGGUACAGAUCCAACCGAAUAUACCUUUGUGGAUGAAUUGAAGUUGUAUCUAAAAAAGUUUAACUUGGAGAAGAAUAGAAAGUUGGUGCUAGACAGUGGCGAAAAGAUUUGGACAUUUGAAACAGUUGAGUCGUCACUGUCUAGAAUACAAAGCUACUGGCCGGAUAACAAUCUGCCGAUUUUAUUAGCGCCUUAUGUGGGGAUCUCAACAAAUCUGCAAUAUCUCAUAGACAAAGUUCUAGAACGUGAGGCUAUAAAACGAUUUGUUAAAAAGAUGAGUAGCGAUGAGAAGAACAUUAUUAAUAUUGAUAUAAAAUCUAUAAUGGACGAGGAAGCCAAAAUUACGGAUUCAGUUAAAAAAAGCAACAGGGAUAACAUAAAUAGCUUACAAAAGAUCAAUAAAACCCUGGAUCUGAUUGCAUUCAACUUGCAAUAUUGGGCGAGCAACGAAGCUAAGAAGUGUAUAUCUAGGAACAGGACCGUGGAUGGCAAAGGUUACAAGGAAUACGAAGCUUUAUAUUUAGAAAAUAUUAUUGGAACAGCUGGUGUUGUCGAGCGUAUGGAGAGGUCUCUCUAGAAAAUACUUCAUAACCAUAAUGUGGCUAUUAUACACUAAAAAUACAUAAACAUAUUUUUUUA